AUGAAAAUUGCCGUAAUAUUGCUUGUAAUAGCGCUGUCCGCCCUUAGCGAGGCAGCUGGGCGUGGCCCUAGUCACAGUGUUACCUGGGGAGCCAGAACCUACAGGGACAUGCACUUGCGAAGGGAGAUCAUCACGGAGAAGUCCAAGUUUCUGCGCGUAGUGACAAGGGAUUAUGUUUUCAAUCAAAAUAAAUUCCCGCGUACCAUAACCCAAAUAGUGAUCACCGAUCAGGUCAGAGAUGGAAACGGCGGCUAUGCCUAUCUAACAGCUGGUGGACCACAGAGCACUUUCGCCAAAAUCCAUUUGAAGAGUCAACGCAACCAAGGCUUCAGCUUCAUCAUCGACAUUUACGGGAUUUAAUCCGGAGCUCCCCUGCGUUUUUAAUUAUAUUCCACUACAUAUUUGCCUCCCUACAGAUAGCUGGUUUAUUUAAUG